AUGUUAGCUCAAGUCAACAAUAGGAAACCCUUGGGGGUCCGCCUAGAAAAAUGGGAUGACGGCUCCGCCUUGCGACUCGACCUCUCCUAUUUGGAGGCUCAUCUCACGCGGGGGUUCCUUGGUGAUCCCGUUCAUGGAAGUCCCCUCGCCCAGACUAUUCUCGAGCAGCCUAAUCCUCCCAAUUUUCAAAUGUCGCACCACCUGCCACAAUACUACGGGACUUCCCACCCGGAGGAUCACCUUAGUGUGUUUUAG